AUGGGGGACCUGGGAAACCCUUCUAAAAGGCAAGGCUCAGCAUCUGUAUGUUUUGGCUGCAAUAAGCAUAUCACAGAUCCCUAUAUUCUGAGAGUCUAUCCAGAUUUGAAGUGGCAUGCAACCUGCCUCAAGUGUGUUGAGUGCAACCAGUAUCUUGAUGAGAGCUGCACCUGCUUCCUGAGAGAGGGAAAGACCUACUGCAAGACUGACUAUUUCAAAAAAUUUUCGGUGAGAUGUGCUCAAUGUCAAGUUGGAUUGGUAUCUUCUGACCUGGUUCUCAGAGCUGGAGGCCUCACCUAUCACCAACAAUGCUUCCGCUGUGUAGCCUGCAAUCGGCAGCUCCUACCUGGAGAUGAAUGCAGAUUGCGAUUUGAUGGACCCUACUGUGUUGAGGAUGGCUGGCUUCUGGAUCCCAGCUUAAUUCAAGGGGAUCCUUUGAGCUCUGUAACAGACAAUGACAGCUUGUUUCUAUCAGAGAAAGUCAAGGCAUGUCAGCCAGCACUGCGAGCUCUGAAACACUCUGAUAAGAUAACCCGUGUGCGGACCGUACUGAAUGAGCAGCAGUUGCUCACAUUAAGGACCUGUUAUGCUGCAAACCCCCGACCGGAUGCACUCAUGAAGCAGCAGCUCAUGGAGAUGACAGGACUCAGCUCAAGGGUCAUCAGGGUCUGGUUUCAGAAUAAACGAUGCAAGGACAAAAAGAAGAGCAUAAUGCAGAAACACACAGACCAGUGCAACAGGAACAAAGCAGAUAUUCAGGGGUCAAUUGGGACUCUGAUGAAAGCUACAAGUCCACUAGCGCAGAAAGUUGAUUUCCAAUGCAGUCCUGUUGAGGUACAGGGAUACCGGCCACCUUGGGAAGACCUUAGCGACUUUACACUACAGGUUUGCACCAAAUAUCCAGGAAGUGUCCACAACUCAUAUUUCUUGAGUAGAUCGCUGAUCCUGGAGAUCUUAGAGGAACAAUGCAGGACCCAAGGCUGGCUCCUCAGGGACAAAGGGCACCGGCAAAGGACAUGGUUGAUGAUGUCCAUGCAGUGGCCUCAGACUCCUACAGAGAAAAGGUACAACGAGGCUCAUACCGCUACGUGGGCAUUGGUCGAGCACACCAUCUUCAGGGAUGCUGAAGAUGCGAUUGCAAUGCCUGGACAGAUCUGGCAGGCACUCCAGUGCACUCCCCAGAGGGUGUCACGGAUCAUAAUGCUGCACUACACAACCUGA